AUGGUCAAAGUUGAUGAAGGUGAUGCUCAAUUGGGUGCUUUAGAGGCACCAUAUACCAAAUUAUAUAGUGUUGGUACUUCUAAUGGUCAAAAAAUCACAAUUUUCUUGGAGCUUUUGAAAAAAGAUUACAUCUAUAGAAAGAUUGACUUCAGCAUUGAUGAACAAAAACAACCAUGGUUUAUUGAAUUGAAUCCAAAUGGUCGUAUUCCUGUUUUGAGUGAUGUCGAUAAAGAUGGUAAAAGAAUAACAUUACAUGAAACUGGGGUUAUCUUACAAUAUUUAGCUGAUAAAUAUGAUACUGAACGCAAAUAUUCAUAUGAUCAUAAUGAUCCACUUUGGUGGGAACAAUUUCAAUGGUUAGUUUUCCAAGUUGCUUCACAUUCACCAUUACAAGGUCAAGCUCAUCAUUUUGUUUCAUUUGCUAAAGUUGAUAAUGAAUAUGGUAAAAAAAGAUAUACAGAUGAGGCUAAAAGAAUUUAUGGUGUUUAUGAAAUUAGAUUGAAACAGAAUAAUGGCUGGUUAGUUGGUGAUAAAUUAAAUAUUGCAGAUAUAAGUGCUUAUCCAUGGAUCUCAAGAUCACGUCUGUUUAAGACUGAUUUAUCAGAAUGGCCAAAUUUACAAAAAUGGGUUGAAAAAAUUGCAGCUAUUCCUGAAGUUGCAAAAGGACAAUCGGUUAAUUAG